AUGAACCCAUUAUUCUUAUUAGUAUUGUGUAUAUUCUCGAUACUAUUCCCAGUAAACGGAUGGGAUGUUGAUGAUUUUGAGAGUCUGUUUGAUGAUAUCAGAAAUACAAACAUUCUUGCCAAUAAUUUUACUGCCAAAGACCAUCUCGUUGGCAGCUUGCCUUACGCCGAGAACGAACCCCCUAUUAAAGAGAGUUAUGCUGGGUACAUCAAAGUGAGGACAUUUGACAAGGGUCAAACACAAGAAGAUGCAGGAUUAUUCUAUUGGUUCUUCCCCGCACAAGAACCAGAAACAGCUAACCCACCUUUAAUAAUCUGGUUACAAGGUGGUCCAGGUUCUAGUUCAAUGAUUGGACUUUUUUACGAGAUGGGUCCAUUACGAGUGACGCCCAAUCUGACCUUAACAAGACAUAAACAUACAUGGAACAAAAAAUACAGCAUGCUAUUCAUCGAUCAGCCAGUAGGAACCGGGUGGUCGUACGUUGGUCAGGAUCAACAUGGAAAUGGAGAAGAGAACGAACAAACAGAAUUGAAUAAUGAAGAUACCAUUGGAUUGGACAAGAAGGAUGAAAUGAGCCCACAAAAAAUAGUAGGAAUGAGAGGGGGAAACUGUGCGACACAGAGCAAAACGGGACAUGGUGGUUAUGUUAACGGCUACGUAACUAAUCAAAAAAGUCUUGCCAAAGACUUGUUGGUAUUUCUGGAUGAAUUUUACUCUAAAUAUCCUGAACAGAGGAAGGCAGACCUGUACAUUACCGGCGAAAGCUAUGCCGGAAAGUAUGUCCCUUCAUUUGCCCAUGCCAUUCAUUUGUAUAAUAAAAAGAUGAGACGAGAUGGAUUGUUCGAUAAGGUAUUUCCUCUUGUUGGAAUAGCUGUGGGUAAUGGCCUCACUGAUCCUGAAUCACAGGUCAAAGUACACGGACAGCAUGCAUUUCAGCUAGGCCUUAUCUCGCGUGAAGACUCCUACGUACUGUUUCGCUACGCUGCCCAAACAAUAGCCCAAAUAAGACGACGCGAUUUCAUAGGAGCAGUGAAUACGCGCAAUAGCCUCUUCCAAUAUUUUGCCAACGUUACCGGACACGUCAAUAUUUACGAUGUUCGCAAACUCGAUGUACAGAAUGAUUGGAGUCUAAUGGAAACUAUCAUGAAGUCGAAUGAUAUGAAGCAAGCGUUGAACGUGGGCUAUAGGACCUUUUUUAAGGAUACUCAUGUUAUUCAGCUUUUACAGGCAAGUCGUGUUGGCGAGAAAAUUUUCGGUGACAUAAUGAAAUCGGCUGCGCAACUGUUUCCCACGUUAAUUAAACACUACAAAGUACUUUUAUAUCAAGGGAACAUGGACUUUCGCGAUGGGGUCAGUGGGAACACGGAAUGGCUGUAUAAUUUGAAAUUUGAUGGUGCAAAAGAGUUUAGAAAGAAACCACGAAAGAUUUGGAGACUGAACGGUCAUGUCGUGGGAUACGUUGUCAAUCACAUGAACUUAACAAGAGCUGUAAUAUUAGAUGCAGGACAUCUAGUGCCCAAGGAUCAACCGAUCUCUGCACUAGAUAUGAUCAGUCGAUUCAUCGAGAACAAGGAAUUUUAA